UGCGACGACAAAGGAAGAAUACAUUCAAGCGACAGCACAUUAAUAAUUCCUGCCGGGGUAGAAAUACUGACAUAUAAAGACGAUAAAUAUUCUGAUGAAAAACCAAUUCGACGGUAAACAAACGUACUCGCCGUCCAGAGUGGUUCAGCUGCAGCGCCUAACAGGAACGCUAUCUCCCAAAAAGCUUUGCAUUGUCCUAUGCUUGCGUCAUUAGUGCGACGAAAAUCUGUAUCGAGCUAAACAUAACAAACACGGGUAACGUUAUUUUUUAAACAUAAUUAAAUAAUGGAGUUGGAACAGGCAACAGAAGACUGUGCUCAAACCCAGCCAACACCCACACCUACCGCUCAGUCAAAGAAGCCCACUCAGGGUCUGUAUGUGCCCAAGCAACGACUUCAAGGCUCCAAAGAGAAAGCUCAGACUCAGGGAGAAGUAAAACCAAGACCCCGGCCUCGGUACACCGACAAGGCAAAGAAAAACGCCAAGAACAAGAAGGACAAGGCUGGAGCAGCGGCCAGGGAAGCGUCUGUUGGAGGAGAAGAUGGAGGUAAGACAGAGAAUGGGGAUCCUGAUGUGAAGGAAGAGCAGUUACAGGAUACAGAUGUGCCGGUUAAUGGUCAGCCUGACGCCACCAAUGUGGAGGCAGAUGUUACCUCAUGGCUGGAAGAAACAUCCCCUCAGGAAGGGGAAGGGGAAGGGGAAGAGGAGAGUUGGGACACCUUGUUCAAUGAUGAUGGAGAUUGUCUGGAACCACACCUACUUAAGGAGCUCUCUUUGAAGGAAGGUAGAAAGAAGAAGUCAAACCAGGACCCCAGGUUUGAUUACUACAACAUGGACCGAGAUGACGAGGACGACAUCGACCUCACAGAGGACGAACUCGCUCACAUUGUAGAGAUCUACGACUUCCCUGCAGAGUUUAAGACGGAGGACCUUCUCAAGUUAUUUCAGUGCUACCAAGAGAGAGGCUUUGACAUCAAAUGGAUUGAUGACUCCCAUGCCCUGGGCCUCUUCUCAAGUCCCAUAGCAGCUCGUGAGGCUUUAAGAUCCAGACAUCCACUGAUGAAGUUGCGACCUCUUUCCAAAUCCUCCUCUGCCAUAAAGGCCCAAGCUCGUAGCUGCUCAGACUACCUCCUGCCUGCUAAAGAGAGACCUCAGACCAGUGCAGCACUGGCUCGAAAGCUUGUGAUCGGUGCCCUCGGUAUAAAGAGCAACCAGACAAAGGAUCAGCGUGAGUCUGAGAGGAAGAAGCUGCAGGAGGCGAGAGAACAAAAGCACCUGGCAGCCAAACAGAAGGAAGAUGCUUGGGAGGGAAAGUGACUGAACAGAAAACCACUUUUCUUUCACUUUUUCUUUCUUUUUAGAUUCCUUGAUUCGGCAGAGGCUAAAGUCUUCUCUGUCUCUUGUUUUGCUCUGUUUUUGUCAACUGACCGCUCCUUCCUACCACCGUACUUCCCAGAAAUGUAGUCCCACCAAUUUUUUCCUUCUUUCCGCCACUGUCCUUUACCAAUUGUUACUGCCGGUCUCAUCAUCCACUGUCCGUUUGCCUGCCGUGUUACAUCAGAUGAGAGGGUCCUACUAUAGUUCUCCCACCUUUUUAUGUUUAUAGUUUGUCCAUGCAGGGACUGCUGCCUCUGUGCCAUGACCCGGGCUAACACAACCGACUCACCAGGGUUUUGUUUUAUAUUUCGUAAGAUUGUAACCACCGUCUGUCGUGAAGCACCCAGUCUAACCAUUUGUCUUACCCAAUUGACUAGAUCUAAGGUCUCAUGUUUGUCUUUAUAUGGAUUUUUUAUGUUUUUAAAGAUGACCCAAGUACAUCCACCUGUAAAUGUGAGGGAAGCUAAGUUUUGUGUUGAAGGUCCCGAAAUAUUAAAUUCAAUCAUGGUGAUCACUACACUAUAUAUGAAGACAUUGUUGAGGACCUGUUAGCUCGUCUUAUUAAACAUUUCUGAGAAGUGAAAAGCCUCCAAAUAAGUUUCAUGGCUGUUCUGUCUGUUGAAUCCUAGGCGUAUGUAUUUAAUGUUGUGUGCUCUUCUUUACACAUUUUCAACGAGAGGAGUCUUGUCCAAGAAAAACUGAUAUAGUUCAUUCUGGUCAUACAUUCUGAAGAAGACAUUUCAAUCAAAUAAGCUUUUAGUUGACAGAGAGAUUUUGUCUUCAUCUCACUAGCCAGUUAAAAAAAGGAAAAAGUAUUUUGGGGUUUGUUUUUGGGGAAAAAAAGAUUCUUUUCUGAACACUCAGACUUUACACUAGAGGAACCCCACCUUGUCCAUGUGUAAUGUGUCCGUCCAAUAGUUGAGGCAAAAAUCUUUGCAGGCCAAAAAAAUGGUCCUUUAUAAUAAUUUACCUUCUUAAGACAUUGUGAAUGACAUACAUUUUAUCCGGUGCUAGUAUAUUUGAAAGCUAUAUCCUAAACAAUAAGUAGUAUUAGCUCUUAACAUGGCCGCACGUUUCACAGAACUAGGCUCAGCAUACUAUUGAGUAGAUUUUUAUUCACCAAGCUAAAAUAUUUUCGUGAAAUAAGUUGUUGAUUAAGGGAAGUUCAACUCCAGUUUCUGUGGUAGGUCGAUUGAUACAAUUCUGCAACACCAGGGUCUAAUCACAACUCUUUCAAACUGCUUUAGAUUUAAAAAAAAACAACAUCUCAACAUGCUGUUUUUCUUUGUUCCUGGAAAAUUUCGAUUUUGGGCAUUUUACUUAGAGAGAGACGACGUUUCCCAGUUCAUAGUCAUGUUUAAUAAUUCAGCUUCCUGAAACACACACAUCCAGGCUCAGGAGACUUUUGUGACCGCUGGAAGCAGCUGCCUCCUCUGAGGCUUCACCCAGCGUGACGCUGCGUCUCCUUCACCUCCUCAGACAAAGAGCUGCACAUUUGUUAUUUGUUCUUAUGCAAAUUAUUUUAACUUAAUAUCAACUUCAAAAUAAAAUGUGCUGCUAACUUGUGGCCUCACUAUCUGCUAGUUGUUAGUGGAUGAUAUGUUAACAUAGUAAUACGACAGGUGUAGUCAUUCGUGUUAAAAGAUGUUGCCUGCAGACAUCAAUUUAUUAAAAUAAUUGUGAAAUUCAACUCUACCAAUACUAUAUAUCCAUACAUCAGUGCAGUCCAUUACUGCUGUAAGGAAACCAGCUUGUGUAACAGUUUGGCUCAUUGGCUGUGGACGACUGAGACACAGUGCCACGUGGCUCAUAGUGGGCUAAUUAAAGUGCUGCAGCCUCAGAGGAGGCAACCAUUACUUGUUCAGUUUUUGUGUUCAUUUCUUUUAAAUCGGUAAGUCACAAUGAGCGUGACAUAAAUAUUCACACUAUUCAAAUACAAUCUCGGCAGGUAUUAAUCUUUUUCCAAAGUGUCCUUCUUUCCAAAGAUGUAUUUGCAUUAGGAGUGACAGUUUUAUGUUGUUUGUUGUCAGCAGCACAUCAUACAUACUCAUACAUUGAUAUGAUAUGAAUUUGUUGUAUGGUUGUUAAAAAUGCAUUUGACAGCAUGUGUUUUGGGGAUUAGAGAAAUACUAUUUUAUUUAAUGGGGAAGGUGUUAAAAAGACAACUGUAUCUUAUAGUUUUUAUUUAUGCCUGAAUUAUGUAAUAAUUUAUGUAAACUUUUCCAGGAACUGAACGUAAUGAUGUAAAUGAUAAUAUGCCAAAACGUUUUUUUAAUUAAAUUUUAAAUGUGAAUUUUACUAUUUACUGCUUUGCUUUACUAUGACAUUCAACAAUAAAUGGUCCUAUAGUUUGACUCACUCACACUGUCAUUCAUUUCACAUUUCACAGAACAAUAAGAUAAAAUGUAUGUUUUGUCAUUAUGUAAGCUUACACUUUUGUGUGUCUUUGUAGUAUUCAGAUCAUGUCAAAUAUUAAACGCUUUUCUUGUUGUCA